AUGAAAUGCUCCUCUCACUCUCACUGUAAACUCAAUGAAAUGUUCCUCUCACUGUCACUGUCACACUCACAAGGUCACUCUCACACUCACAGUAGACUUUCUUAUCUGGAGGUCACACUCACAAGGUCACACUCACAAGGUCACUCUCACACUCACAGUAGACUUUCUUAUCUGGAGGUCACACUCACAAGGUCACACUCACAAGGUCACUCUCACACUCACAGUAGACUUUCUCAUCUGCAGGUCACACUCACAACAGACUUUCUUAACUGCAGCUCACACUUCCCGCAGACUUAA